CUGCCCUAACAGCAACAGCCAACCUUACUAGGUGAAGGUUACUAGCAGGACUUACUAGAGAGAUAAUAGUGCCAAGACAUCUCUCUCGAAGAUCCACGACAUCCUGGCACCUUUGGACUUCAACGUCAACACCACACCCGCAAGGCCGCACCCCACGUCACAUUCUUUUCCUCGAUUCAGUUGUCUAAUCACUAGCUAUAGAUAUCGAGUCCCUGCCCGGCGUCGAGAGGAGUUUCGCGCCAGUUGCCCGUUCAGACUCACACGACCAACCUCGGACCCAUGGCUCAGGGUACGAAGGGCCCUGCCGCGUCAACGGCAACACUCAACAACGGCGUGCCAGGUUCGCACAACCCAACACCAAGCGGCCCGAACCGCAAGAAGCAAAAGCGACGAGAGAAGGAAGCCGCGAAAAAGGCAGCCGAGGCAGAGAGGCAACAACAGCAAUACCAGCAAUCCGCGCCUACAAAGAAUGGCCACCCGCCACCAGCCCACGGUUCGGCCGCCCACGCACAUAAACCUCCACCAGGACAGCCUGCUCCUCGCUAUGCCGAACCAGAGCUGGAUCCCGAGCGCUACGAAGAAGGGGACGAGGUAUAUUCGGAUGAAGGCGAGCGGUACGAGCAAGCAUUCGGGAGGAAUGGACAUUAUCCAUCAGGGUACGUGGACGCUCAAAGCGCAAGCGGUACUGGCAAGAAGUCCAAAAAGAAGAAGAAAGGGUCGUCUGCAUCCCAGCAACCGGCCUACUCCUCAUCCCUGGCCCAACGCAAUUACCCCAUGCCAGCCGCCCCACCAACCCAAUCAUCCGACAUGAAGAAGGAUCGCAUAUGGGAUACCUCAACCUCAGAGGAGCGAGAACGCAUUCGGGAAUUCUGGUUAUCGCUAGGAGAGGAGGAGCGCAAAUCGCUGGUCAAGAUUGAGAAGGAGGCUGUCCUGCGCAAGAUGAAGGAACAACAGAAACACUCUUGUAGCUGCACUGUAUGUGGACGCAAGCGAACCGCUAUCGAGGAGGAGCUGGAAGUCCUUUACGAUGCUUACUACGAAGAACUCGAACAGUAUGCGAACCACCAGCAAGACGUCGGCCCUAUCCUUCCAUCAGCUCAUUUCCCUCACCACGCCCAUGCCCAUGCUCACGCUCACGCCCACGCCCAUGCACACGUACAUGCACACGCGCACGCGCACGCGCAUGCUCAUUCUCCCGCACAUCACCACCGCCCGAUGUUGAGACCACCCGUACCGACCGAGAUCUACGACGAGACGGAUGAUUUAUCUCAAGGAGAAGAGGACGAUGGUGAUCAAGACUAUUCAAAUAGCGAGAUAUCAUCGGAGGAGGACUAUAGUUCUGAGGAUCGUAGUCUACAUGCAGGUGAAACCGACUUUUUGCAGUUCGGUAGCAGUUUGCAGGUAAAAGGCGGAAUCCUCACGGUUGCCGAUGAUCUACUGAAGAAUGAUGGCAAAAAGUUCAUUGAAAUGAUGGAACAACUUGCUGAGCGCAGAAUGCAGCGAGAGGAAGAAGCGCAGUAUCAAACUCAUCCAAACAUGUAUCAUUCUCGAGGUGGCCAUAAUCACGGUCCACAGGACGAGGCUGAUUAUGACGAUGAAGACGAUGAGGAGGAAGGGUAUGACGAGGAUGAGUAUGAGGAGGAUGAUGAGGAUGAAGAUGAUACAAUGACGGAGGAACAGCGCAUGGAAGAAGGCCGGCGAAUGUUCCAAAUAUUUGCUGCACGAAUGUUCGAACAGAGAGUCCUGCAAGCAUAUCGAGAAAAGGUGGCCGCAGAACGCCAACAGAAACUCCUUGAAGAACUGGCCGAAGAGGACCACGAGAAGGAAGCCAAGGAGGCGAAGAAGGCUAAGGAGGCUGCGAAGCGGAGGGAGAAGAAGGAUAAGCAAAGGCAGGCCAAAGCGGAAGAAAAGGCACGCAAAGAUGCUGAACAAGCCGCGAAAGAAGCCGAAGCCAAGGCCGCCGAAGAGAAGCGCGCAGAGGAGCAACGAAAGAAGAAGGAAGAACAACGGAAGAAGAGAGAGGCGGACCGUAAAGCUCAAGAGGAAGAAAAGAAUCGGAAAGAAGCCGAGCGACUCAAGCGCCAGCAAGAAGAGCGGGAACGACAACAAGAGGCUGAAAGAAAGGCACGAGAACACAAGGCCCAGGAAAAGAAGGCGAAGGAGGAGGCCAGGCGAAAGGAGAGAGAGGAGCGCGAAUCCAAAGAGAAGGAAGCCCGCGAGAAGAAGGCAUUGGAAGACAAGGAUCGCCGGGAACGGGAACACAAGGCAAAGGCUGAAAAAGAUCGAGCCCGCAAAGAAGAGCAAACUGCCGCGGGAGCUUCUAGGAAAACAUCCCUGCCCAUUGCAGUGGCAUUGCCUCCAGGCUUGUUAAAGCAGACAUCGUCCAGUGGAAUUCCCUCGCCGCACGUUACACCUGCAGUUCCCAAGGCACCCACUCCAAACAGACCUCGCCAAAGCUCCCAGCAAGACUCCUAUGGAUCAUCGCCAAAGACACCGCAUGCUGGCCCUGGAACUAGCAAGUCUAUUUCUCCAUCAUCGCAACUCCAGAAUCCUCUGAUGCCGAAGGCGAUCCUGACGAAACAGCCAGCAUCGCAACAACAAGCGCCACUUCAUCAUACCCAGCCAACGUCUCCUUUACCUCCAAUAGGACCUCCGCCAGGCAUGGGUACCUCCGUGGGAAUGGGUCACAACAUGCCUCCUGGUCUGAACGGCUUCCCUCAUGGUCAAACCCCAAUCAUACCUGGACUCAAUGGCCCACGCCAGAGCAUUGGCCAACACAUGGCUAUGUUUCCUCCGGCACCUGGUUCACAGAGUUACCGACCGUUCCCUCCUCCAGGCAUGCCCAUGCCGAAUCAUCUGCCAAUGGGUCGCGGAUUCCCCAUGGAUGGACCUCCAGGCUUCGGCGGCCUCCCUGGAUUUGGAGCUCCGAACCCGCUGCAAGGCUUCGGCAUCGGUAUGCCCUCACACUCCAGACAAGGAUCCGGAUCGUUUGAGAAGUCGACUGCUGAAAUUCAGAUUCCUGGAUCUCAGGCUCAGCCGAUCCAACGCCCAGCGCCAAUUCAGAGGCCUUCUAGUGUCAAGCCUCAUGAAGAUGACCUGGCUGGAUCUGAUGUCGAUGAGUUGGCAAGUCAUCUAGGCAGCAAAGCUCUCCUUGACGACGUAGACGACAUGCCCGAGUACCCUCAGCAGCAAGAUGCACGCCGUACGAGUAUCCAGACACCCAUGGGCUCCUUACGGGGAGCACCUCUGGGCUUUGGAUUUGGAGAUGCACCAGGCCAACCUCGAGCAGAUCCAUUCACUCCCUUCGGUAGUGCCGGCGCCGGCGGCAAUCCAUGGGCUCAACCAGUGCCAUUCCCGAUGAGCGGGCCAGGCUGGGGAAACUCUCCCACCUCAACGCUAUUCAGCAAUCCAUUCCCAGGCCCGAUGAUGGGAACACCACGACCUGGCGAGCAGCGCAUUGUCUGGAUUCGGAAGAUGGUCUGCCAAGCUUGCAAGUCCCUGGCUCGACAGGCUAGCCCUGACGGCUUUUUGGACGCAUCUGAAGUUCACCACCAGGUCGACCAGAUACGCAGCCAAGCCGAGGCGGCUGUCCUACCCCAAGAGAUCAAAGAGGCUUGCGACAUCUUCGGCGACAGCGGCAACGGCGGCGGCACGCUCGAAUACAAGGAAGCCGGCCCCAACGCGGGGAGAAUAUCCCACAUCAAAUUCGUUGAGGACCGGGGUCCACCACCAGCAUCUGCUCUAGGCGAGAUUGGCAGCCCAGUCCCGUCGCACAGCGUACCUGUUGGGUCAUUCGGCGCUCGACCAUUUCCAGGCCUCGGACCUCAGGGAUUCUGAUAAAAAGAACCCAGAAGAUUCGCCAAAGCGGUUCGGUUGCAUUGGCGAAUAACAUCAUUGUUCCAAUAUCCAAUUGUUUCUUUGCAUGGCUUUGAAUCAUGCUUUUCUACAGCAGCCCCUUUAUUCACAAAUGGGUGCUAUUAGGGAUGUGUUUGCUCUUCUUCUAAAGUAGCUCGCUCCUUGACUGGGAUCAGGUAGUCAACCAGAGACUCAUAAGUUCUCUGCGAAAGGAUUGGUUUAUCC